CUUGACUCGACAGCGAGGACUCGAUAGUGGGCACUGUCUAACGAAAACCACUUCUUCAACAUGGGUCACGACAUCAACGAACCACUCAAGCUGAAAUGCGGGCUAGUCCUGCCCAAUCGCUUAGUGAAAGCUGCAAUGGCGGAAGGACUGGCCGACAAAGGGCAUUUGCCAGGCGAGCGGAUUUCUCGAGUCUACAGCGAAUGGGCCAAGGGCGGUUGGGGAGCCCUUCUUACAGGCAACAUACAGGUUGAUGUCCAACACCUAGGAGGCUACGGUGAUCUCGCUACACGUUCAUAUCAAGCGGAUGAACCCCAGUUCCUGGAUCCUUGGAAGCAGUAUGCAAAUGCCUGUCAAAGCCAUGGUACGCCUGCCAUUGCGCAGAUAUGCCACCCUGGUCGCCAGUCCCCAAGGGGUGCAGGUGAACGGGGCCUCUUUGCGCAAACAAUUGCGCCCAGUGCGAUCCCGCUGAACAUGGGGACUGGGGUGGCCGCAAGUAUUGUCAGGAAUAUUGUUUUUGGGUCGCCCCGGGCGAUGUCCAAGUCCGACAUUGAUCAUGUUGUCGCUCAAUUUGUAAACUGUGCUCGUGUGUUGGCGCAGUGCGGCUUCAGUGGUAUUGAGAUACAUGCUGCGCACGGUUAUCUUCUUUCACAAUUUCUUUCCCCAGCGAGCAAUGACCGCCAGGACGAAUAUGGUGGCAGCGCCAAACGGCGAGCCCUCAUUGUCAUUGAAAUCAUCCAACAGAUCCGCAAGGCUGUCCCUGCGAGCUUCUGCAUCGGGAUAAAGCUGAAUUCCGCGGAUCAUAACGCAUCGGACUUUGAAGAUACCAUGACGCAGAUCCAGCUUUUCUCCGAGGCCGGUAUUGACUUUCUCGAAAUAUCCGGCGGAAGUUAUGAGGAUCCGACGAUGAUGGGCCGAGGAGUGCGCGACGAAUCCAGCCCGGCCAAGAGUCAAUCAACAGCAGCCAGAGAAGCCUUCUUCCUAGACUUUGCAGCGCAAACAAGGAAACAGUUUCCAGACAUCACCCUCCUACUCACCGGAGGAUUUCGAAGCCGGGAGGGGAUUGAGGCAGCCCUGAAAGCUGGCGUAUGCGACCUUGUUGGCAUCGGCCGGCCGGCGGUUCUUCGCCCAGACUUCCCACGACUAAUGAUGGACCCUGCAUACACCAACCAAGAAGCCAGCGUUGUGUUUUCCAAGGUCCCGGUACCAUUUCUGGCAAGGCUCCUACAGAUUAAAAGUCUGGGUGGCGGCGCGGAGACGGAAUACUUUCGUGGCCAGAUUCACCGCGUAGCCCGUGGACUUUGUGCAUACGCGCCAUAGGUGUCGGUCUUUUGGAGUAGCACAAUGCAGGAACGUACUGACGGUAGCCGUUGCAGAUGGAUAAUUUUUUGCCAGUUUAAUGGCUAAAGCUCCUGGAUGAAACUGAGCUGUAUAUUGUGCUUCCAGUCGGAACAAGUAUGUAUCUUAUAGCAUAUUCUCACCGACAAUAUGUAGUAAGAAACAGCUUCAGUCACAGCACCACUGCUGUUUCAAUAUAGCACAAC